GGUGCGGGUGGGGAGGGGUCUUGUCCCUUCUCUGUCUCAGUUCAGUUGAUGGCAGCGGAGGCUAAAAAGGGGAACUGAUUAGCAAUAGCUUCCCUUCGCUGCUGAGGCGGCUGGUUCCCUAUCCCUGGGCUGCCUGUGACACUAGUGGGGGCGGGAGUGCGGUCAGAGGCUGUGCCUCUCGUCGGCACAACCUUUAAUCUGAGGUGGGGGCUGCUGAGUAGUAUUUGCCCCUCUCUUCCUCCUGUCCUUGCUCUGGGGGCCGAUUAGUCUGGAGAGUUUGACUGGGGUUUCCCCUCCUCGCUGAAUGAGGAGUUGCUGUGGUAGCCUUGAGGUUUUUUUUUUUUUUUUUUUUUUUUUGUCUGAUGUAGACUCCAGCAGCCUUCCUCCUUUCUUUCCUUCCAUCCUUCCUUCUUCCCCUUCGCUAUGUAGAGCGGGAGAGACCCGUCAAUUGGAAGACUGAAAUGAAUUUAGAUGGACUUUCAAUUGCUUUUUUUUUAAAAAGAAGAGGAUAAAUCCCAGUUGCCAAUGCACUGUUUUUUAUGUUGCUUUGGAGAAAUGGGGGUCAUUUGCUGCUGCUAAAUCCUUGGAGCAUUUUAGAGAGUUCCUACAAAGAAGGCAAAUCUGUAUUUUUUUUGAAGCGAAGGAGCCACAUUGAUUUUAGCCUUUUUUAUAAAAUGGAGAAUGAGAUAUUCACACCCCUGUUGGAACAGUUUAUGUCUAGCCCUCUUGUCACCUGGGUUAAGACAUUUGGACCCUUAGCUGGAGGAAAUGGGAGCAACCUGGAGGAAUAUGUGGCUCUAGUGGAUGGCAUAUUCUUGAACGAAGUCAUGCUCCAAAUCAACCCUAAAUCCACCAGUCAGAGAGUAAAUAAGAAAGUCAACAAUGAUGCAUCACUUAGGAUUCAAAAUUUGUCUAUUUUGGUGAGACAAAUAAAAUCUUAUUAUCAGGAGACUUUGCAGCAGUUGAUCAUGAUGUCUUUGCCAAAUGUCUUAAUAAUUGGCAAAAAUCCUUUUUCUGAGCCAGGAACUGAAGAAAUUAAAAAACUACUUUUACUCUUACUUGGCUGCGCAGUUCAGUGUCAGAAAAAAGAAGAAUUCAUUGAAAGAAUCCAAGGUUUAGAUUUUGAUACAAGAGCAGCUGUUGCUGCCCACAUUCAAGAGGUAACUCAUAAUCAGGAAAAUGUGUUUGAUCUGCAGUGGAUGGAUGUCAGCAUUGUGUCACAAGAAUAUAUCGAGCCUCUCUUGAAAAAUAUGGCAUUACAUUUAAAAAGACUUAUAGAUGAAAGAGAUGAACAUUCUGAGACUAUCAUAGAGCUUUCUGAAGAACGGGACUGUCUUCAUUUUCUACCUCAUGCAUCAGCAGCACAAUCACCUUGUGGAUCUCCAGGCAUUAAACGCACUGAAAGCAGACAGCACUUGUCAGUGGAGCUAGCAGAUGCUAAAGCAAAGAUAAGAAGACUUAGGCAGGAGCUGGAGGAAAAAACUGAGCAGCUGCUGGAUUGUAAACAAGAACUUGAACAGAUGGAGGCUGAACUAAAGAGACUGCAGCAGGAGAACAUGAAUUUGCUUUCGGAUGCUCGCUCUGCCAGAGUGUACCGUGAUGAGUUAGAUGCACUCCGUGAGAAGGCAAUCCGAGUUGACAAGCUUGAAAGUGAAGUCAGCCGAUACAAAGAGAGGCUACAUGAUAUUGUAUUCUACAAGGCUAGAGUUGAGGAGUUAAAAGAAGACAAUCAAGUAUUGUUGGAAACAAAGACAAUGUUGGAAGAUCAACUAGAGGGGACCCGAGCCCGUUCUGAUAAAUUACAUGAACUGGAAAAGGAAAAUCUGCAAUUAAAAGCUAAACUACAUGAUAUGGAGAUGGAGCGUGACAUGGACAGAAAAAAAAUCGAGGAACUCAUGGAGGAAAAUAUGACUCUAGAACUGGCUCAGAAACAAAGCAUGGAUGAAUCAUUACAUCUUGGCUGGGAACUUGAACAGAUGAACAGAACUACUGAGCUUUCUGAAGUGCCACGAAAGUCACUUGGCCAUGAAGUGAAUGAAUUGACAUCAAGUAGAUUGCUGAAGCUGGAAAUGGAAAACCAAAGUUUGCUGAAGACGGUGGAAGAGCUACAAAAUGCAAUGGGUUCUGUAGAAGGCAGUAAUUCAAAGAUUCUGAAAAUGGAAAAAGAAAACCAAAGACUUAGCAAAAAGUUGGAAGGACUUGAGAAUGAAAUUAGCCAAGAGAAACAAAGUCUUCAGAAUAGUCAAAAUCUGAGCAAAGAUCUGAUGAAAGAAAAAGCACAACUUGAAAAAUCCAUUGAGACACUUCGAGAAAACUCAGAGAGACAGAUUAAAAUAUUGGAACAGGAGAAUGAGCAUUUGAAUCAAACAGUAGCUGCUCUAAGGCAACGGUCCCAAAUCAGUGCUGAAGCAAGAGUGAAAGACAUUGAAAAAGAAAAUAAAAUCCUCCAUGAAUCUAUCAAAGAGACCAGCAGUAAGCUAAAUAAGAUUGAAUUUGAGAAAAAGCAAGUGAGGAAAGAACUGGAACAUUAUAAAGAGAAAGGAGAAAGAGCAGAAGAGCUUGAGAAUGAGUUGCAUCAUCUUGAAAAGGAGAAUGAGUUAUUACAGAAAAAGAUUACCAAUUUAAAAAUUACUUGUGAGAAGAUAGAAGUCUUAGAGCAAGAAAACUCAGACCUGGAAGUGGAAAAUAGAAAGUUGAAAAAAACUUUAGAUAGCUUAAAAAACCUUACUUUUCAGUUAGAAUCAUUGGAGAAAGAGAAUUCACAACUUGAUGAAGAAAAUUUAGAACUAAGAAGAACAGUUGAAUCUUUGAAGUGUACAAGCAUCAAGAUGGCUCAAUUACAGUUAGAAAAUAAGGAAUUGGAAAGUGAAAAGGAGCAACUUAAAAAAGGGUUGGAGCUUAUGAAAGCUUCAUGUAAGAAAACAGAACGUUUGGAAGUCAGCUACCAAGGUUUAGAUACAGAAAACCAAAGGCUACAGAAAGCAUUAGAAAAUAGUAACAAAAAGAUUCAACAAUUGGAAAGUGAACUACAAGAUUUAGAGUCUGAAAACCAAACUCUGCAAAAGAAUCUGGAAGAAUUAAAAAUCUCUAGUAAACGCCUAGAGCAAUUAGAGAAGGAGAAUAAGCUGUUGGAACAAGAGACUUCUCAGCUGGAAAAGGAUAAGAAACAACUGGAAAAAGAGAAUAAGAGACUCCGACAACAAGCAGAAAUUAAAGACAGUACUUUAGAAGAGAACAAUAUAAAAAUUAGUAAUCUGGAAAAGGAAAACAAAUCUCUAUGUAAAGAAAUAGGUAUAUUUAAAGAGUCUUGUGUACGUCUAAAAGAGCUAGAAAAAGAAAAUAAAGAACUUGUGAAAAGAGCUACCAUUGAUAAGAAAACACUUGUCACAUUACGAGAGGAUUUGGUGAAUGAAAAACUGAAGACCCAGCAAAUGAAUAAUGAUCUUGAAAAACUUACCCAUGAACUUGAAAAGAUAGGUUUAAAUAAAGAGCGCCUCUUGCAUGAUGAACAGAGCACAGAUGACAGUAGGUACAAGCUUUUGGAGUCAAAAUUAGAAUCUACACUAAAGAAGUCUCUAGAAAUAAAAGAAGAAAAAAUUGCAGCUUUGGAAGCUCGUUUAGAAGAAUCAACAAAUUUAAACCAGCAGCUGCGCCAGGAACUUAAAACAGUGAAAAAAAACUAUGAAGCCCUCAAGCAAAGACAAGAGGAGGAAAGGAUGGUACAGAAUUCUCCUCCAAGAACUGGUGAAGAAACCCAGUCUGUCAAUAAAUGGGAAAAGGAAAAUCAGGAAACUACUAGAGAACUAUUGAAGGUUAAAGAUAGAUUAAUAGAAGUAGAAAGGAAUAAUGCUACCCUGCAGGCAGAGAAACAAGCUCUGAAAACUCAACUAAAGCAACUUGAGACCCAGAACAAUAAUCUACAAGCUCAGAUUCUGUCACUUCAGAGACAGACUGUUUCUUUACAGGAGCAAAAUACAACCUUACAAACUCAGAAUGCCAAGCUUCAGGUUGAAAAUUCUACCCUUAAUUCUCAAAGUACAUCUCUUAUGAAUCAGAAUGCACAACUGCUGAUCCAACAGUCUGCCUUGGAAAAUGAAAAUGAAUCUAUACUCAAGGAACGAGAGGAUCUGAAGUCAUUGUAUGAUUCACUCGUCAAAGAUCAUGAAAAACUGGAACAUCUUCAUGAACGUCAAGCUUCUGAAUAUGAAUCUCUAAUUGCCAAACAUGGAAGCCUCAAGUCUGCACACAAAAAUCUUGAGGUGGAACAUAAGGACUUAGAAGAUAGGUACAAUCAGUUGCUGAAACAAAAAGUACAAUUAGAGGAGUUGGAAAAAGUGCUUAAAGUAGAACAAGAGAAAAUGUUGCAGCAAAGCAAAAAACACGAAACUGUAGCAGCAGAAUACAAAAAACUUUGUGAUGAAAAUGAUAGGCUAAAUCAUACAUACAAUCAACUUUUGAGAGAGAAUGAAGUUCUUCAAACUGACCAUAAGAAUUUGAAAAGCUUAUUGAACAAUUCUAAACUAGAACAAACACGAUUAGAAGCUGAAUUUUCUAAACUGAAAGAACAGUACCAACAAUUGGAUAUUACAUCUACAAAACUGAAUAAUCAGUGUGAGUGAUUGCACUGAAAAGACUGCCCUUUUUGAGGAACAGACCGAAGGAAAAAGACAAAAUGAAGGCCAUCUACCGUCGCUCCAUGUCCAUGAAUGACCUGGUGCAGUCCAUGGUCCUAGCAGGAGGACAAUGGACAGGUAGUUCUGAGCAUCUGGAGGGCCCUGAUGAUGUAUCUACAGGUAAAAGGAAAAAAGAAUUGGGAGCUAUGGCCUUCUCUACUACAGCUAUCAACUUUGCAACUGUCAACUCUUCUUCAGGCUUCAGAUCCAAGCAAUUGCUAAAUAAUAAAGAUACUACAUCCUUUGAAGAUGUAAGUCCACAAGGCAUUAGUGAUGAUUCUAGUACAGGAUCAAGAGUUCAUGCUUCCAGACCAGCCAGCCUUGAUAGUGGCAGAACAUCCACUAGUAAUAGCAAUAACAACGCUUCACUUCAUGAAGUCAAAGGUGGAGUUAACAACCAAAGUAGGCCACAAAGUCACAGCAGUGGAGAAUUUAGUCUGCUUCAUGAACAUGAGGCUUGGUCUAGCACCAGCAGCAGCCCCAUCCAGUAUUUGAAAAGUCACACCAAGUCAAGUCUCAUGAUCCAGGAAAAAAUGCCUGAAACAAUAGAUAAUCAAGGAAAGCAGAAGAUCAAAACUGGUUCUCCUGGAAGUGAGGUUGUUACUCUGCAGCAGUUUUUAGAAGAAAGCAACAAGAUUACUUCUACAGAGAUAAAGUGUGCAAGCCAAGAGAAUCUUUUAGAUGAAGUAAUGAAAAGUUUGUCUGAGUCUGCUGAGUUGGCAGGAAAAGAAAAGCUAAGGAAACAGUCGUCUGUCAGCAGUGGUAUCGUCAGGUCAUUAAGUGUGAAAAACACAGUUGACUUCUCAGAUGGAAGGUCAGGUAAACCUGAACAGCUUGUAAGGCCCAGCCCUCGUAAAACUGAAGAUACCUACUUUACCAGCUCUCCAAUAAAAUUGAUGUCAGGUACUCAAGGAAAGGUCAAGUCAAUCAAAGAAAAAGUACAAACAGAUCCAUCACAACGACAAUCAAAAGAUUGCAGCCCUUAUGCUACCUUACCUCGUGCAAGCAGUGUGAUUUCUACAGCAGAAGGAACUACUCGAAGGACAAGCAUUCAUGAUUUUUUAUCUAAGGACAGUAGGCAGCCUGUAUCAAUUGAUCCAGCACCAUCUACAGCUGAUAGAAGCAUUCCAUCAGCAUCUAGUGAGUACUGUGCACACCAGCAGUCCUCUAAUUUUUUUCAUUAUACAUCUUAUAAUGUAGAUUCUGUUCCACGAAAUGAUUUAGAUAAUAUAGUUAAACCAGAUCACUCGGGGUAUAAAUCUGAGAAGCCUAGGAAUUCAAGGAUGGGAAAGUCAAAUGUUGACAAAACUUCAAGCACUAAUGUGUUCGGUGGUAAAGUUGGUAUAUCAACUAUUGAUAGCACAGGGACAUUUACUGUGGCUCAUGUGUCACAGACAUUUUUAUCCCUUAACACUGAAUUAGUUAGUAAUAUAAGUGGAUUACCUCAAAGGUCUACAGCAAAGGUAACUAAUCAGUCUUCAGAUGACCAUAAGUCUGAUAACAGUAACCCACAGUCAGUUCUAAAUAGUGAAUGUACUGCUUCUUCUGCAUGUGUAAAUACUAGCAAGAUUGAAUCCCCUUUACUGGUUUCUGAAGAUAACCAAACUGUUUGGUAUGAGUAUGGUUGUGUAUGAUAAGAGAGUUGUCAUAUUAAAUACAAAUGACAGAUGUUCUUCUCAAUGUCCACUGAUUUAGGGAAUGUUCCACUAAAAAUAAAAAAUAGUUUCUUGGCAGGUUUAUGGGGAAGGGGGAUGUUUUCCUCUGAAUGGUGAUCUAAAAAUCAGCUGUGUAUUACACCAUGCAUAUACAUGUAAAAUUGUAAUCACACCAAAGCUUGCAUGAAACAUUAAUUGCACUGUAUAUUUUCUGCAUGCCUCUAAAAGCCUUAAUAAUACAAACUAAUGUUCUGUAUUUUUGUUUGUCACAUGUUAGAAAUAUUUUGUUUUUCUACAUUACUGAAUGCAUGUUAAAGCAGUUGCAUGCUGCAUUGCCAAAAAUGGCACAAAGAACCAGGUAAUUUUUACCAACAGGAAGGUACUUUUCUUACUUGUACUUUUGUUUUCAGAUGCAUCACCCACACAAAAAUGCCUAUUUUUUUCCUCUUGCACGUAUACAAUACUAGCAAAAACAAAAAACAACAACCUAUUAGAGAGAUUUCAGUAUCUUUUGCUUUUUAUUUAUGCUAUGUUUUGUGUGUCAUUUUGCUCAAGGAAUAAGUUGUAGCCCAAAUAAUUCAGUGCCUGUAAUUUGCUGCACAAUAAAUAUGAACUGUAGUUCAUAUUUAUUAAAAUAUUUGAACUUUAAUCAAUAAAACAAUUGUUAAUAUUCAUAAAUGGUAAUUUUUUAAAAUAUAACAAUCAAAUUAAGUGUAGCAGCUGCAUAGAAAAAAUGAUCCUCCUCUACCUCUUUUUCCCUUUCCUGUGGUUUGUCUUCCCAUGUCUGACAUACAGAGGUGGUCCAAUGUGCUGUUUUAUUUGGAGUCAAGUAACACUAUAGUUUUAUGAGAAUUUUUACAAUGUAUAAUAAUAAUAAUAAUAAAAUCUUUACUAAUUA